GUUGAAGUACUGAUAUACGAUGAAAAAUCUCUACUAUUUGUCGUACAAAAGUUUAGUUUAUUAGUAUUAUUUUUCAAAAAAUACACCAUUAUAUAGGAAGUAGUGUCUAGUUUUAUUAUCGAAAACUAAAGUUUCAGAAGAAGAUAAUAAUCUAUUCGGAUCUCAUAAAAAUAAUCUAUUCAGAAACUUUGACUCACUCUUUUAUCGAUUAUGAGAUGAAUUUGAGAAUUAUAAGAAUUGUACGUAUUUAGAUACAUCAGGAGGUUAACAAACGUAAAUUACGUCCUGUUAGUCUAAGAACAGCAUACGAUAUUUCUGCUGAUAAUAAAGCUAUGAUCUAGUUUUCAGCAACAAUUUAUGUCGUACUUAAACGAGAACAACGUGCUUACAUAUUAAAAAUCAAUCGAUAUGGUUUGUUAGAGAAUGAUAUUUGAUUCAGGUAGUUAAUUCUCAAUGCACUUGUUCUAGCUCUUUUUUUAUCACUCACUAUACAGUUUAAAGUUAGAAACUAAAGGCACAUUUUAUUAUUAAAUGACUGCUAUAGCAUGUGUUAAAAAAACUUUACUAUAUUUAUACAAUUAUUGAUACUAAUUUAAAAAAUAUACCCAGCACAACUGUUUCUUUAUUUUUCUGCAUUCUUCAUAUUAUUUAUUACUCAAAUCACAUCUUUACUAACUAUUUGAUUAUAUUUUAAUCCAUUAAAAUAAAUAUAUAUAAUAUAUCGUAGAGUAGAUUCUUAAUAGCACUAAUAUGUCCCGGUAGAAUAAGUGGAUCAGAAGAUUAUGAUAUUCAUGUAAAGAUGUUUUAUCCUUACUUUAAUUUGGCGUAAUUGAAUAAACAUUAGUUAGCUAUUUUCAUGAUCUUCUCUACUAUCUAACAUGUAUUUUCGCUAGCGAAUUAAAUAGUGUUGAGAAAAUAGAAGCAUCAGAUUAAUUUAUCCAAAUCAAAAUUAUAUUCCAAAUACAUUUACCUACCGAGAAUUAUCAUAGAUUAGAAAGUCAGUUUGUUAAAUUAGUCAAUCAAACCAAUUCUAUUCAAUCGCCACAAGACUAAUAUAAAAUGAAGUUUAAAUUUGUUGUACAAACUAGGCUUUAUAGAGAAUAGAUUUUCGAACUAAGGUUUAACACAUCGACAUACGCCAGAACGUAUCGAGUUUUUCACUAAAUGAUAAAUUUGGUAAAAAACUGGCAUGCAUUUUUCAAUUUCUAACUUCAAAUGUAUUUAAAACACUAACAGAUAGAAGUAGAAAUUUAGAAAGCAUUCUGACAAUAUUGAGUAUCUUAGUUACAUAAAUGUUUAGAUUAGUUGAAAAAUUAGUUUUAAAUCGGAUGUACACGAUCUCAAAAAUUUCUAAGGAAUAAGAUCUCUAAGAGUUUUUUCUUCAUAUAUCUUCAAUAGUUUGUGUUUAUUUUCAUGAAAAGAUAAGAAUAGAGUCUUAGAACAUUUUUAAAACAUUCAAAUGAUUUUAAAAAAUUGUCGAGCUAUACACUAUACAGAAAAAAGAAGUAAUAAAUGGAUCAACUGUAUCGUUUAGCUGAUGGCUUCUUGACUUAUAGCGUAUAUGUUUUUCUGUCACAAUUUUACUGCAUCGAAGACUAAAUCUAGCUAGUUUUGUCUUAAACUCUAUACUGCAGUAUCUAGCUACUAUAGUACAGUAAAAUGACACAUUACUGUAGUGUUCCGUUUAUUUUGAAGUAAUUAGAUGUCUUAUUCUGCUUGUCUUUCGUGUAACUAAAUGUGAUAAACUUCAAUUCAAAGCUUUCUUUACUAAUAUUAUUUAUAAGUUAUUGGCUAAUCUUUUUGUUGCGUGAUUAUAUUGAAGGUGAUUUCUAAUUUUUACAAAAAAUAGACUAUUUAUAUUUUCUUAGAGUGGAAAUUGAUUUCCGAACAAAUUUCAUCCAUUCAGAAAUGAUUCCUACGUUUAUUAAAAAAUAAAGUUAAUCUAAUAAUAUUUUUAAAUAACAGUUUUUGUUUUCAACUCUUUAUUUAUCUCCUUUUAAAUAACUCACUGUAAUCAGUAAAUUUUCGAUCGAAAUAGUUAGAGUAUUAUUAGUGACGAUAUAUUUUCGGUUGAACUAUACUUGAACUUAUUAAUAACUAUAAGUUAAGGCAGACUGAUUUUACCAGAAAAUUUUAUUGUCUGCCUAUAUCGAUUCAUUAAACAAGAUGUUUGUAUAAAGACCAUCACAUUUCUAACAAUGUUCUAGCAUUUAGAUAUACGAAAAAGCAAUCAAACCACAACAUGAUGGUUUUAAUAGUGACUCAACUAUAGGCCGAAAAACUACAUUAAGUAGAAUUGAAACGGAUGAAGAUCCGAAUAUUGCUAUCCUCGAAUUUGCUGCAUCAUCUUAUGCCGUACUUGAAAGAGAACAACGUGUGACAGUGGAUGUAGUCAGAUAUGGAAACGUUUCCUCUAUGAUACAUUUUAGACUUGAUACGAUAGAUGGAACAGCAACAGCAGGUGAAGAUUAUGUUAAAUUAUCGGAAGAAUUUAAAAUGGAGCGUGGUCAACAAGAAAAAAAAAUAACAAUUCAUGUAAUAGAUGACAAUCAGUGGGAACCAGAUGAAACAUUUUUUGUUAAGCUUUCAUUGGCUGAAGGUGAAGAAGGUCGGGCUAAACUUGGAACAAAAACCAUUGCACUUGUUACUAUUAUCAACGAUGAUGAGCCUGGUAUCAUUGAAUUUGAAGAAUCAAUAACACUUGUUAAAGAAUCAAUUGGUAAAGCUGAAAUCAAACUUCUACGAGUUAAUGGUGCCGAUGGUAGAGUAUCGGUUCGAUAUCAAACCAAAGAUAUAGAUGCAGUGGCAGAAAAAGAUUAUUUGGGUGGAGGUGGUGAAGUUGUGUUUGAACAUGGUGAAAUAUUAAAAGUGAUUGCAAUACCAAUUGUCAAUGAUUUAGAAGCUGAAAAAGAUGAAAGUUUUGCUGUUGAACUAUUUGAUCCUAAAGGUGGUGCUCAACUUGGAAAACAUGCUAAAACGGUGGUGACUAUCAUUAAUGAUGAUGAUUAUAAAUCAAUGGCGAAUCAAAUGGCCAAUUUAGUACAGGUUGAUAUUGAUCGAUUAAGUGUAACAAAAACAAGUUGGGCACAACAAUUUCAUGAUGCAAUGAAUGUAAAUGGUGGCGAUUUAGAAACAGCAAAAAUUGGUCAUUAUAUAGGUCACACGCUCGCGUUCUUUUGGAAGGUGCUAUUUGCCUUCGUUCCACCAACCCAUGUUGCUGGUGGUUGGUUAACAUUUUUUGUCUCAUUAGGAUUUAUUGCCUUGUUAACGGCCAUUGUUGGUGACGUAGCAGCUAUAUUUGGCUGUCUAGUAGGAUUAAAAGACAGCAUCACAGCCAUAUCAUUUGUAGCAUUAGGUACAUCAUUGCCAGACACAUUUGCAAGUAUGAUUGCAGCAAAAAAUUCAAAAACAGCUGAUGAUGCCAUUGGCAAUGUGACUGGUUCAAAUUCUGUUAAUGUCUUUCUCGGUCUUGGACUUCCAUGGUUAGUGGCAGCUAUGUAUUGGGAAUCAAAAAAUUUACCAUUUACAGUUAAGGCUGGUGAUUUAUCAUUUUCCGUCCUAAUAUUUUCUAUAUGUUGUGUUAUUUGUAUGCUCGUAUUAAUUGCAAGACGAUAUUUGGGCAUCUUUGGCAAAGCCGAAUUAGGAGGACCAAAAAUACCAAAAUUUCUGUGUUCAAUAUUUUUUGUUCUGCUAUGGAUUGGCUAUUUGACAUUAUCCGGUUUACAAGCAUAUGGACAUAUUAAAUGGACGUCGUAA